AUGAGUGGUGAAUGUGUGUUACCUUAUUACACCGCGCACAGCUGCCGUUCAAUGGGUGUGUUCAAUACCUCCAUGGGGGACUUGCAACGACAACUGUACAAAGGAGGAGAGUAUGAUAUUUUCAAGUAUGCACCAAUGUUUGAGAGCGACUUUAUACAGAUCAGCAAAAAAGGAGAGGUGAUUGAUGUACACAACCGUGUCCGAAUGGUGACUGUGGGCAUUGCAUCCACCAGCCCCAUCCUUCCCCUGCCUGAUGUCAUGCUGCUGGCCCGACCAGUCAAAGCCUACCAAGAGCCGGAUGGGUACGGUCAACCUAUCAAGGGGAAAGGCCGCAAGGCCUCAAAGACCUUAGAGCUCACCAGGCUCCUUCCCUUGAAAUUUGUUAAGAUCUCUAUCCAUGACCGCGAGAAACAGCAGCUGCGCUUAAAACUUGCCACUGGCCGUACUUUUUACCUGCAGCUGUGUCCCUCUUCAGACGCACGAGAAGACCUCUUCUGCUAUUGGGAAAAAUUAGUUUAUCUCCUGAGACCACCAGUGGAGAGUUAUACCAGUACCCCGACCCUUCAAACUGGGGAUCUAAUGACCACAUCUCUGUGUUUGACAGAAGACAACAAAAGCAUCACGACCACAGAGCUAUGUGGAGAAGGGGAUCAUGAUGAGGUCAGAAUGCACAAGCUCCGCGAGGUAUCUGAAGCCACGUCUUCUGCUUACGCUGGGGGAGAGGGAAUCCAACAAGCCUCCCAUGCAACAGUAGCAGGGGCAGGAGCAAGCCAUGCAACAGGGAUGACAGUAGCAGGGGCAGGAGCAAGCCAUGCAACAGGGACGACAGUAGCAGGGGCAGGAUCAAGCCAUGCAACAGGGACGGCAGUAGCAGGGGCAGCAGCUGCAGGUCGUAAAGCAAGCACAGUGAGUGUUGCAAUCACCAAGUCUUCAGGCCCAGGACAGGUAAAUGCAGCUCUGGCAGGCGUGGUUGCCAAGGGUCCAGGAGAAAGUGGAGCUAGCAAGGCCAUGGCGGGUGCUGCCAACGUGUCCUCAGAGGGUGUUAACGCGGUCCUGGUUGGUGUCACAAGUACAACUACUCAGGGUAGUUCCACCAUCUCAACAGUGGCUACCAAUCUCUCUCCAGAAAGUAGCAUGAGCGUGGUAUUUGCAGGAGUAGCAACUACCAACAAGGCUGCUCCAGAAAGUGCUAAAGCGCCCCUUGUCUCAACCUUGCAAAGUGAAGGCUACAUGAGUGAGCGGGAUGGGAGCCAGAGGGUCUCCCAACCCAGUACUGAAGCCCGAAAGGAAAAAAAAGAAAGAAGAGCAAAGAAGGGCAAGAAUCCUACUAGGAAAAGUUCCCAUCACCAUAGGUCAGGCAGGAACAAAUCAACCCGUAAAUCUUCCUCCCACCGGUCCAUAGCUCGCCACAGAAACACCAAAGAGGAUAAAAAAGAAAAAGGUCACAGCACCCUAAAGGAAAAAGGACGUAGGUCCUCCUCUCACAAAAGCAUUAGCCACAGUCCCACCCCAAAAGAGUCUAAAACAACUCACAAACUCGGGAAGACCAGGUCUGCAACUAGCUCAGCUUCUCUAAGUAAGAAAUCCAGCAAGAUUGGCUCAUUCUUCAAGAGCCUGAGAGCCAUUCCUGCUUCAAAAGCAGUGAUGACAUCCCAUGACAGAGGAGUGGACAUUGUGGCCAAGACGGUGGAGAGGCACAACAUCGAGGCCAAGAUGGAGAAAGCACCGGGUGGCCAGGACCUGGAGAUUACAGGUACCAUGACUUCUGAGACCAUGGAGACAAUAAUCUUCGAAUCCAAAGUCAAUUAA